CGGAUAAGUUACAACGACGUCUUUCUUGGAGCAUAUCUUUAGUCUCCCCACCCCCAAAGUGAAAAGAUACCUCGCUGGGCUGGAACUUUUCCUUAGCAGAGUCUAAUCACCAUUAACGAGCCAGCGAGAAUUUACAGCUAAAACAAAAUGGCCAUAAGAAUUUCUUCUUCCUCUGUGUUCCCUGUUGCCUGUUUUUGGCACUGGUUUGCUUUGUGGUCAUGGUCACUUUAUCUUCUAGCUUUGGUACCGUACCCAACUUUAGUUGAUUCCUCAGGUACAGCAAGUGCACCUGUAAUAAACGUUACCAAACACAUCUCCUUCACAAAUUUCAGCCUUGAUGAUCCCAGAGUAACAUCCGAUGUGAAGCUUCUAGGGAGUGCGAAGCUUUCAAUGGAGAAAGGUGCUGUCCAAAUUCCAGACGAAUCAGAUGGCUUUGAUCUGAGACAUCUAGCAGGGAGAGCCAUUUACUCCUCGCCUGUCCGCCUGUUUGAUCCACACACCAGCACCCCAGCAUCCUUUCAAUCCACCUUUGCUUUUCAAUUUAGUAAUUCUUCUAACGCAAGCAGAGAUAUGCUUAAUCACGGUGGCAGCGGUCUCACAUUUAUCAUAGUCCCUGAUGAGUUUACAGUAGGAAGACCUGGACCAUGGCUAGGCAUGCUUAAUGAUGCCUGCCAGGAAGAUUAUAAAGCCGUUGCUAUUGAAUUCGAUACCCACCAGAAUCCUCAAUUUGGAGAUCCAAACGACAAUCAUGUGGGCAUUAAUCUUGGUAGCAUUGUUUCCACCACAACCAUCGAUGCAUCAGAUUUUGGGGUAAUCCUUAAUGAUGCUUCAGUUCACCGAGCUUGGAUUACAUAUGACGGUCCUCGGAGAUGGAUGGACAUCCACCUUGGAUCAGAUGGCCGCGAUUACCCCUCUAAACCUAUCUUCUCAGGUCCUCUUGAUCUCUCUCCUCAUCUGAAUGAGUACAUGUUCGUUGGAUUCUCAGCAUCCACAGGCAACAUGACCCAAAUUCAUAAGGUACUCUCCUGGAACUUCACCGCAACUAGCCAAGCUUUCCUUCGCAUCCCUUCUGAGGAAACAUGUGAGGGUGAGAUCAUCCUCCAGAAAUCUGAUGCUGGUCAAAGUACGCAAAAGAGAUCUAACAAAGAACCGCCCAUCAGUUUCUUGAUUUUUAUUGCCGUAGCUGUGCUAGCUUUGGCUAUCAUGAUUGGUUUUUUCUGUAGCCGCAGGGGAAGAAAUGACAAUUCCAAACUUAAUGCGUUGCCAGAGAAGACGCAACGACCCAGACCUCCCAACAAGCCCCGCCGUUUCACGUUUUCUGAGAUUUCAACAGCAACUCGGAGUUUUAGCGAGGCAGAAAUAUUAGGUAGCGAUGCCAGAGGCGUUUAUUACAGAGGGAAGCUUCCCAAUGGCUGUCAAGUUGCUAUCAAAAGGCUGUCUGCUCAGUUCCUUAACUCACAGCAAGGCUUAGAUAGACGACGGCUUCUCAAAGAAAUUGGUGCCAUGAGCCGAGUUCGUCACCCGAAUUUGGUUCCCAUCAGGGGAUGGUGCCAUGAUAACCGCGAAAUGAUGAUUGUGUAUGACUUCUACACCAAUGGAAGCCUUGAUAAAUGGCUGUUUGGCGUUGGGGUUCUUCCCUGGACACGACGUUUCAAAGUUAUCAACGAUGUUGCCGAAGCAUUAAGCUUCCUUCACUCUAAGCAACUCGCUCACAAGAACAUGAAAGCAAGCAGCGUCUUUCUUGACGUAAGCUUCCGAGCGGUUCUAGGUGAUUUUGGCAUGGUGCUUUCAGCAACCGAGUCAAGAAGGUUUGAAGCAACAGUUAGCCAAACGGCUGAUGUUUUCGAAUUUGGAAUCUUUAUGUUAGAAGUGGUUUCCGGACGGGGAAAGUUAGACCCCGAAGUGAAUCAAGAAGAGAGGGAUUUGGUAGAUUUUGCCUGGAGAAUGCACGUGACAGAUGAGAAGGUGAAGGUAGUAGAUGGGAGGAUGGGCUCACUGGUUAAUUUAGAGCAAGCCAUUCGGGUAUUGGACAUUGGGCUACUUUGUACACUAAACGAGUCUAAAGGAAGGCCUACCAUGGAGGAAGUGGUCGAGUGUCUGAGCAUGGAAAGACAAAUUCCCGAGCUGCCAGCUAGUCGACCCGUGGCCUUGUUCCCUUACAAUAGUGCCACGGGUCUUUGCACUGGAUACUCUUGCGGCCCAUUCAAGUGACCUAUGUGUCACUGAACUUUUGAUCUAUGCAAAAGGAUGCAUUUAAGGCAAUUCUUGAGCUAGUUCUGGUUAUGAAGCCAGAAUGGUUAUUAGGAUGUAUAAAAUGUAAUAGUAAUUGAAUUUAAGAGACAUUCCAUAAACUAGUCAACUUUAUCUAUUACAUUGCUUCUGCAUCAAAGCCUACUGUAUAUUCCUUAGUUGAGAAAAAAUUGCAACUUGAGCAAAGUAUUGAGUUCAAUUUUAGUAA